AUGGUUAAAGAAUUUUCUAACAAAUCAGCAGAAGUAAAUUUCAAUGCUUGCUUCGCUGCUGCAGGUUUAGUUAGCGGAAUAAAUAGACAAUCAAUACAAAUGACUUUUAUGUAUGCAAGUGUUAUAUCGCAACUCUGUAAAGCUUCUUACCAUAAUUAUCAAGCUAUGACUUUUGAAAAGAUUGUGGAGUCAGCCGAAAUAAGCACAAAAAUAGCUUUACAAAAAGUAAUUAACGUUAAUUAUUGCAAAAUAAAAGGAAAACGUACUCUGCCUAUGAAAUACGCUAUCCUGAUUAGUAUUUUUGGAAAAUUAACUCCAAUUUUAGAAGAACACGACAUGCUUAUAAAUGUUACUAUUGAUGGUGAUCUGGAUUCUAACAAAACCUUAAGAAAUGUUGCAAUUGUCAACCAAAUUUUUGCUGAUCUUAAGCAUGAAAAAAAUAUUCGUAAUGUACAGACAGAAGGUCUUUUUCAACGUCUUUGUGGUAAUCAUAAAUUGUGUUGGCCAGAAAUCUGUUGGAUAAAGAAUAAUUCUGAGCUGCAACUUUCAGAGCCUACUCUCAAAUUCUAUACUCCUUAUCAACGUGAAAAAUUCAAAUCCAUGUUAGAGAUAAUCUUUCUUUAUCUUGACAAGAGAAUUGAUUAUUGGAAGUCAUAUCUAGUAAGACAUGCUCUGGCAAUUUUACAUAAUAAUGAAAGAAUUUGCGAAAUGAUAAAUGUGACUUGUUUGGUAUGCAAUGUUAUUUUGUCUGAUCAGGAUCUUGUCAAUAUAAGUAAGAUUGAAUUAGAACGGAAUUAG